ACUGCGGUGGUACAUAGGAAAAGAUAAUUAUGCACCCAAAAAGCAGCUGUUCAUCUACGCGUUGCAAACUGUAUUGAAGAAUGCCUUCUAAAGAUUUCUGUCAUGUGAAAUCUUUCUGAAUUUCAGUUGGCUUGUUUUAGAAAUGCAGAUAAAGAAGAUGAAGGAUAUCGGACAACAGUUGUAUACUACACAAGUGAGUGGUGGACAUAACUCCUUGACCAUGUCACCCAAACAACCUAAUGCUAAUGGAGCACCUCGGCCAGAUAGACAAGAAGCCCAAACCCUUUUGUAUCAAGGCUCGGAGGCAGAGGCUGCCAUGAUGACUGUCGCUACAUGUGCAAAGUGCAAAAGUAUUUACAAAAUCCCUCUUCAAGAUUUGAAAAAGGGCACAGGGCAAAGCCAGAAGGAAGACAUAUAUGUCUGCUUUACCUGCAGUCUUGGUGUGCCUUCCCCCAAUUUUCAUUUUGUGAACAAUAAUCCUAGUGCUACUUAUGUUGGAAAUAAAACUGAAGCCAUUUCAAGUCCUGUCAAUAGCAAGUUUAAGGUAAGGAACUUUAAACCAGGCAAAUACUAUUGUGAUAAAUGUCGAUUUUCCACAAAGGACCCUCUGCAAUACAAAAAGCACACACUUCAACACGAAGAGAUUAAAUUCAUUUGUUCUCACUGCAGCUACAUUUCAUAUACAAAAGGAGAGUUUCAGAGGCAUUUGGUGAAACACACAGGCAUAUUCCCUUAUCAGUGUGAGUAUUGUGACUAUGGUGCUAUUAGAAAUGACUAUAUUGUCAAACACAGGAAGAGAGUACACGAGAGGGCAGGUGCAAAACGACCACUCAAAGCUGUUGCCAAGUUGGAGCCCAGAAGAACCAGCACUUCAAAGCAGAACACAGAGCUGUUAAAAGCUUCCAAUCCAAGGACUACGUUUCAAAAUAAGUUGUCGGAUCAACUGUCAAGGUUCUCUCUCCAUGCAAAUAAAGACAAAAUGCACAAUAUUAUGUUGUUACCUGAACCAAAGGACUACCAAAAAGAUGUAGUGUGUAUUCCAAAUAAAAUGACCCUGUCAGAGCAAAAUGAAGUUAGCCUGUUUGAGAACAAAAAUGUUGAAGUGGAAGUCUUAUCCCCUGCAAAAGAACCUGUUCAGCCAGGUAUGCCAUUAACAGUUGUGGCACCAGCAGAACUUGUUGUCCCCGCAAACUGUUUAGCACAGUUGAUAGACGUGAAAGUUGUCAACGGUACACAACAGCUUGUUCUGAAACUGUUCCCGUUGGAGGAAAAUAAUUGCCUUGAAGCAGGCAGGGGUGAUGGAGGUAAUUCUGGGCGUGUGACUAAAGAGAAGGGUUCGAAUGAGCAGGGAGGGAAAGUUCCUGCUCCCAAAACAAAGUCAAUGACGACUGACGGGAAUGCUGGGAAAUUUGUAGGCAUUGACAGUCUUCAAUCUUCAGUUCAGAAGCAAGUGAAAAAUGUGAGAUGGGUGAACUCUUACGAUUUUUUAAUGCCGCCUCCUAAUGUGCACAACCGUGGAGAAUGCUUUCUUAAUUCUGAAACACUUGAGAAUUUGCAUAAACAAAACAGUUUGUAUCCACAUAGAACUGUUCUCCCUUCCUCUGCCUUAAAAGAUUAUUCUCUAGCGCCUGUAUUAAAAUAUAACAGUGUUUUAUGUGGUCUUGGAGCUGCAUCAAACCCUUUCCCAUGUAAAGCUGCUGUUUCUUUUACUGAAAAUGGAAGAAAUGUACACAGUAACUCACAGCAAUUAUUCCCCUUUGCUGCAUCGCCUGCAACUAGUUCCUUUUCUGGAGAAAAGGGCUUAUUGCCCAUGAGUAAAAAUGACUUGGAAUCUAGAAGUAAGACCAGUAUUCCUGUAAAAAUGGUUUCCUCUAAUAGGAAGCUGGAAAAUACCCUGACAGAAGCACACAAGGCAGUUUCGAAUAUAAGCCAUGUUUCUUCUCAACACAAAAGUGAGUAUUUACACAUAAACAUGAACGGAGAAGAUAGAAUUCGAUCUCAACAGCCCAAGGAUAAGCCUUUAGAACUGAAGAAUUCUGAAAGGACUGGCAAUACUUCUGAUGGCCCAGUCAUCUCAUCAGUCUUUUCUCUGAGCUCUGGAUCUGAAAACGUCCCUGAGGGCAUCAAGUGGAAUAGCUCAACAUCUAAAAUAAAGUCAAUUGAACUGCUGCGCAGAAAGAUAGCUCAGUUAAUUGAAUCCUGUGGCAAGCCUUCAUCUUUGGCUGCAAAUAGUGCACAUCGUCGUUCUGUAGGGCAGGCUUCAAAGGGAGCUUCGAAAGCUACCACUGAAGGCAUUCAAGAAAUCAACGUGUCUUUUGUGGACCCUGGCCAUUCUGCAGGCACUCUCCAGAAACCUCAGAGUGAUAGAGGUGUUACUAGUAGUGGCCAGCUUGCUCGUCAGCAGAUAUAUCCACAGUUUGUGGAUAACAGCAAUGGGAAAACCAAAAGCAGAGUUGCCAGGAAGGCUCGUGUUGCCACUCCAGUGUUGAUCCCCAAAGGGGCUGUGUUGAGGGUUGUCAAUUCUUCCGAGGAUGCCCACAUUAUAGAAGCUACAUGUGAAGCACCUGUCAGCAUACCUUGCAGUGAAACACAGUUAAUAAAACCAGUUCCAUUCUGCCCUGUGAAACAGACAGACUUGGACUUACCGUCUUUGACAAGUGAAAGUGGGCCCAUAGACAUGUCCCAAAAUCUUGAGACAUUUAUUCGGCCCAAACCAAGAAAAGAGAGUGCUAUCUAUAGCAGUGUCCCUAAAAAAACAGGCCCCCUGCACAGACAACAAGGAAACGUUGAAUUGAGUAGGCAAGGGAAACAGCUUUCCAGAAAUCUUCCUAUAAAUAAAAGUAAAACCAGACAAGUGAACUUACCCAGGAAGAAAAACAAGAUUCAGGCUGAUCCCAGGCGCUUUCUCAAGGAUCCCUCAAUUUUUCAGGUUGCAAGACAACUUAGAUUGAUAGCAGCUAAACCAGACCAGUUGAUUAAAUGUCCUCGUCGGAAUCAGCCAGUGAUUGUGUUAAACCAUCCUGAUGUUGACUCACCAGAAGUGACCAAUGUGAUGAAGGUCAUAAAUAAGUACAAAGGCAAUGUCCUCAAAGUCGUGUUAUCAGAGAGAACUAGGUGUCAGCUAGGCAUCAGACGGCAUCACGUACGACUGACCUACCAGAAUGUCGAGGAAGCCAAUCAAAUUAAAAGGCAAAUGAUGUUGAAAAUGAAACUUAAAAAAGUUCAUAAAAACAACUACCAGGUGGUGGGUUCCUUGCCUGAUGAUUCAUCGCAGUGUAUAUUUAAGUGCUGGUUUUGUGGGCGGCUCUAUGAAGACCAGGAAGAAUGGAUGAGUCAUGGCCAACGGCAUUUGAUAGAGGCAACUAGAGAUUGGGAUGUUCUUUCUUCCAAGGGCAAAUAGGUUAAAAAAAAAAAAGUGCUCUUUGAAGCAAGUUGUUUUUCUUUUAGUUUAUUCUGGUGUGGGAUGCCCCCCUACCCCCAGAUUCAAAAGGAGAAAUGAAGACUGUAGAAAUGAGAAGAUUGCGAGAUUCCCCUGUGAGAACAUUGAGAGUCAGGAUUCCGAACCUGAGAUACAUGACUGGACCUUGGAAUGUGUUUGAAGUCCAUGGAAUUGUACACAGAUUAAUGUAUAUGCAUAUUUUCUGGAGACAGGAUGUGAAAUUUUCAACAGAUUCUCAAUGGGAUCUGAGACCUUCCUUUGUUUGGCACCCAUUUUUUUGGAGUAGAUCAAACCUUCCUUAAUCCAUUCAGAGGGGCAAAUUGAGACUGCUGUGCACAUGCUCUUCAUACAAAUGCUACUGGAGAAGUAAAGCCUUGUUUGGGUGUGCACAUCCACUUUGGUUUUGCUCUAACUUUGGUUUUGCUCAACUUGUCUCCUGAAUAUUUGGUACAUGUUGGAAGUUGUAUCAUCUACUUUAUUGACUGUCUUAAAUUUGGUAAUAGAAAAACAGCCAUUCUGUUCAAUCCCUGUAUAAUACUCAUAAAUGUUCAU